UUGGCUGUGCGCUCUAGAUGAACUCCACUAAUAUUUGCUUUACAACAACAGGCUUUGAGGAGAAAGAUACAACUGACACUGUCUUAGCGCAGAAGGGUCACUUCUAUGGCGUUUACUUGCUCUGCAGUCAGAGUCUGGACACGCGAUACCACGGCAGAUGCUAUGUAGGAUUCACAGUAAAUCCGAAGCGCAGGAUAAAUCAACACAAUCGCGGCUGUGACUUUGGUGGUGCCAAAAAGACCAGUAAGAGUGGACCCUGGCAAAUGGUUUUAAUUGUGCAUGGUUUUGCGAACAAUAUCACAGCGUUGCAGUUCGAAUGGGCUUGGCAACAGCCGGCAUUGUCGACGCGCUUAAAAAUAUUUCCGGAACUUAAGCGCAAAAGGCCCAAGGAGACACACUUUGAUUAUCAUCUGCGCAUACUAACCAAAAUGUUGAGCGUAGGUCCCUGGCAUAGACUAUCACUGACUGUGCGCUGGCUGGAGACGCAAUAUGAGCGUGAGUUUGAGCAGUUGAUCCCAGCGCAUAUGCAAAUAGUUAGCGGCAAACUGGCCAUAACUGCAUCACAGCGGCUAGCUGCUGCGCAACAGCAUCAUACACAAAAGUUGUGGGCACUAGAGUGCCAUUUAUGCAUGAAUCGCAUUGAGAAUCCGGAACGUUCGCGCCUGGGCUGUCUUAAUCUUACUUGCCGACUCACUUGUCACAUGAUUUGUUUAGCUAAUUAUUUUCUAAGCGAGGAGCAACAACCAGGUCAAUACAUUCCCAUCAGCGGUCGUUGUCCACUUUGCGAUACCCAACUAAACUGGGCUGCCCUAUUGCAACGCAAACGCUUAGGCCAUAAGGCUAAUGAUAUAGAAGUGGACAGUGAAGAUGGGGCUGAGCUCAGUGAUGUUCCCGAGUUGGACAGUGAUUUGGAGGCGGAUAAGGAAAUAGAUUAAGUAAUAUAUAUAUUUUAAUAAAUAAGCGAAAACUGUUAUUUUAUCAUAGCU